AUAGGACCGAGGUGCAUGGAGGCAGCGACGCCGACGACCCGCGCGACCAGCGACGCCGACUCGCAGCCGACGACGAUCGGGUCGACCUUGGGGCUCAGCGACGGCCUCGCAUCACCCACCGCGAGCGAUCUGCCCGCGACGCUCGAAGCCCGACAAAGCGGAAGAUGCAUCGGGCCGCUCAAGGAGCUCUACCUCCUCGUCCGGAGCGGGUCGGGCCAGCUGCUGCUGACGACGAUCGUGGCGACGGCAGCCGCGUCCAUCUUCUCCGUCGUGCUCUUCAUUUGCGCCAUCGCGUUCCGGGACAAGACCAACAACGGGCCGCUCCAGCUCCCGUCGGGCGUGCUUCUCGGGUCGAUUGGUACGCUCAUCAUGUCGCUCCUCGUGCUGCUCUCGUACCGGUACCUCCCAGCCUGCCGCAACCACUCCAACAUCCUCCUCCUCAACCGAAGCAUCUGCGACCUCCUUCUCGCCGUCUCAUUCUUGCUCGAACCGCUCUGGAACAUGGCGGGCGGCGGUAUCCAGCCCCACCUGUCGUGCCGAUGGCUCUCGGCGACGCGCGAGUACUUGAUCAUGGCGUCCAUGUGCUGGGAACUUUGCAUGGCGCUUGACCUCUUUGCUCUCCUCAACGACCCGUUCACGUCGCCGCGCAAGAACCGGCGCAAGUACCAGCUGAUCGUCCAUGCGUCGGGGCUCGUGGCGGCGAUCGUCAUGCUCUCGGACGACCGCUUCUACGGUGUCUCGGUCGGUGACUUUUGCUGGGUCAAGUGCAGCCGCCUCGCCAGCAGCAGCUUUGUGGCGGUCGAUGCUGGCAUCUGGGUCUUUAUCGCGCUGCCCGUGACCAUCUUUAUUGGCACCAACGUCUACGUCUGCACCAUCUCGAUGAAGCGGUUUCGGGGUGGCAUUGAAGCCACUCUGGACCACCGCCGGACGCUUCUCCGCGAAGGCUUCUUGACUACCGUCGCGUUCAUCUUGUACUGGAUGGUGCUCUGGGGUCUCUACGUGGCCUUUUGGCUCGCAACGAACAACGACGUGCUCAAGGAGCUCUUUGGCUUUCUCCUCUCGUUCCGGGGCAGCGUCGUCUUCUUCCUCUGGAUCCUCUACAGCACGAGCGACAAAAACAUCAAGCAGUCGGUGGCCGAGAGAGAAGACGCAACUCGAGCGCAAACCAACUAUGCACUUUUGAAAGAGCUGGUGUUUUACACCACGUGCGGCAUCACAAAAGCCGUCCAAGUCGCCAACAAGCGCCAGUCGCUCGAGCUCGGUGAAGCGUCCAUCUUCACCGUGCACCCGCCGCAGCACGAGCACGCGCUCUUCUCGUGCCAAGAAUGCAAGUUUACCGACUUCAAACCCGAAGUGUUUGGCAAGCUCCGCGAGUGCUUUAGCAUCGACGAACGCCAAUUUAUUUCGUCCUUUGCCGACUGCAGCAUCCCCAAAGUCUCGGAAGGCUCGAGCGGCGCCUUCAUGUUCUUCACAACCAACGGCGCGUACAUCGUCAAGAGCCUCACGAAGCGCGAGAGCACCUUCUUGGACAGCAUUACCGAUGCGUACGCGGCCUACGUCAGCAAACACCCCAUGACGUUCUUGACGCGGAUCCUCGGAAGCUACUCGAUGGAGCUCUACGGCCGGACGUCCUAUUUCGUCGUCAUGGAGAACCUCUUCGACAAGCAGCACGCGGUGCACCACCGGUACGACAUCAAAGGCUCGUGGGUCGACCGGAACGCCGAGAAGGCGCGGUAUGGCGCCGAAGCCACGUGUCGGUACUGCAACAUGGCGUUUCGAAGCGGUGCGCGCGAUACGUGCCCCAACCGCGCGGGCUUUCACUCGCCCAACGUCGUGCUCAAGGACAUGGACUUGACAACCAAGGUCCGCCUCGGGCACGGACACGGCGCCGCUGUGCUCACGCAGCUCAAGAAAGACAGCGAUUUCCUCUGCGAGAAAGGCAUCAUGGACUACAGUCUCCUCCUCGGUGUCAUUGAAGUGCGCUUCCAAGUCAACGUCCAGAGCAUCUUGCGCGAUGAGAUCGACACGCUGCCAUUGCCGUCCCUCGACGUCCUCAGCGCCGUCUCGACGAUGCGCACGUCGCAGCGCGCGGUCGCCAAGCAGUCGAUCGCGUGCCUUCGGUCCGCCGAUGUCGUUGUCGGCCCGGGCUUUUACUACAUUGGCUUGAUCGACAUUCUGCAAACGUGGACGCUCGAGAAGCGGUUCGAGCGGUGGGUCAAGACGCUGCUACUGCGCAAGGACCCAGACGGCAUCUCGGCGCUGCCGCCCAAGGCCUACCGCGACCGGUUCCAUAAGCGUCUCGACGAGAUCUUCCAUGUCAGCGGCGCUGAUGGCCCGUCGCCGCUCGACGUGACGACCAACGCGGACGCUUCGCUGCCGACUAAUGCCAAGAUCUUUCCGGUCGAGUCGGUCGUCAACGAGCUCAAGCCGUCGUUUAGCUUCCGGAACAACGUGUGGCAAACCGACGAAGCGCUUGACGAUGCGAUCGGGCGCUCGGUCGUCAAAACCGACGUCGAUGGCACCGAAGCGUCGGGUCGCGUCGACGUAUAACGUCACAUUCUUCUUACUCGAUACUCCCAAUUCAGUAUAUGAACGUACUCCCAACCUGCAA